GGUACAUAUGAGCUUGGCUCGCUUUCCUUUUUCCUUCUGCAGUCGCCUCGUUUACUCGCUUUGCAUUCCCGACUCUACUUAUUCCCUUACUUCAUAGAGCAAAAUACUCUGAGAUUUUUGAAUUGAAGUUCCAAGAUUUGCUUUUUAUCUUCCAAUGGAAGUUCACAAAGAUAGCAAUGAACGUUUAUCCAUACCCACAUUUGGCGAGUGGGAUGGGAAGGUUGGUCUACCGGACUACUCGGUUGAUUUUACUAAGAUUCGAGAAAAUAGGCGGCAGAACAAGAGUCGGGUGAGCUUGGGGAAUGAGGAUGAGCUUCUACAUCGUACUGGUGUAAAUGGUGACCAGAGUGUUGAUGCUCUCAAGAAGACUCUCCCUCUUCAUCAGAAGCAUGUUAAAUCCACAGUGGAAAGGAAGAAAAGCAGCAGAUAUUUCAGUUGUUGUCGUUGUUUGGGGGCCUGAAACUAUGGCUUCAUCCGCACAUCAUGCUCCACGUGGAGGUGAGAGCCUUUGAAGCUCUUCAGUCAUCCUUUUCAAAUUUCUUUCACCUGCGUUUUGUUACUCGAGCAAAUGUUAUGGUGAUUGCAAACUACUUGGAUUAGGAUUAGGUUUUGUUAUUAAGAAAUGCAGGAUUGGAGAUGUUUGUCGGUGUCGUUCUAUAAAGAUGUAAUGUUUGGAUUGCUUGUUAGAUUUGCAUAUUAUUAUUAUUAUUUAUCUCGUUGUU